CAUUCAAACAAAAUCUUAACCACACACGCUCAUAAAUCCUCACAGCUCAGGAGCUACUUAAUCCUUAAGCAAAUACAAUCAAUCAUAAACAUAGCAGAACCCCCUAUACGCAAAACAACAACAAAAAGCUGCCAAAAUGGGUGCAGUAAUGUCAAGCAUCGGCAACUGCCUUCGUGGCAUUGUCAACGCCAUCGGCUCCAUGAUCCAAGCCAUCAUUUCGGGCAUCGUCAGCAUCUUCAACGUCCUCAUCAACUGCAUCACCUGUGGUUACGCAAGGCGCAGCGGUGGCGGUCGUCGCCGAACCAGGACCCAUAGGACAACUCGCGUAUAAUAGGACCCAUCUGCCGCAGAAGGAGUAGAGGCAGGUGGGUGAUUCUACAAACCCAAGGAGUUGGAGCAUAGGGAGUUGGCUGCGAUGUGUGUUGGCGUUGGACUUUUGUAAUACUACGACUACGAUUACCCCCUUUUUGUUUUCUUUAUUCGCUGCAUUUACUCGCAAACACGUCACAACGCAGCAUGCAAGCACGACAUUACGAUUUGCAAGAAGGUAGUUGAACAGAUACCCAUUUCGUCUUUGAACUGCUUUAGUGCCUCUUGUGUUGUUCUAUGUUCCACUUUUCGAGCCAUGUGAUGUGUGUGCACUAUACGAAGCUUGAAUUAGUUCUAGUUCUAGAC